CAAAAAUAUUCCGCCGCAAAGGCCACCGGCGACCCUUGUCCAACAACGCAUCGGUCUCAUUCGGUAAAAAGCGUUCCUGGACGACCUGAGCAACGACGGCCACGCCUUUGCGAUUUGGUGGCCCAAGAUCUUUCAUUUGCACUACACACGUGGAUUCUUUGUCGCCCACUGCGUGGUAACCCUCCUUGACGACCCCCGCACCGUCCAACAAACGCCAUGGCCGAGGGACCGCCCACGAAGAGAAAAUGUCUCGGUGUCGACUGUGAGAACGAGGCUAGUUCUUUACAGUGCCCGAAGUGCCUCAGCCUGGGCAUCAAAGACAGCUACUUCUGCUCCCAGGACUGCUUCAGGAAAAGCUGGGCUACGCACAAGAACACCCAUAAGCAAGAAAAUAAAACCGGUUACUACAACCCGUUCCCGACAUUCAACUUUACGGGGCCGCUGCGGCCGGUCUACCCACUUUCGCCCAGGCGCGAGGUGCCCAAGUCGAUCCCGCAUCCCGACUACGCCGAAGAUGGCAUUCCUAAGAGCGGCAGGUCGCUUGUCAGGGCCAACAAGAUCCAGCAGCUGGACGCUAAGGGCCAGGAAGCCAUGCGCAAGGUCUGUCGUUUAGCCCGGGAGGUGCUGGAUAUUGCUGCUGCGGCGAUCCGGCCGGGCAUCACAACGGACGAGAUCGACGCGAUCGUACACAAGGCCUGCAUUGAGCGGAAUUCCUACCCCUCGCCCCUAAAUUACAACCACUUCCCCAAGUCGGUGUGUACCUCGGUCAACGAGGUCAUCUGCCACGGGAUACCCGACCAGCGUGUGCUGCUGGAUGGCGACAUCGUCAAUCUCGACGUGACGCUGUACCACGAAGGUUACCACGGCGACCUGAACGAGACGUACUACGUCGGCGACCGGGCCAAGGCGGACCCCGACACGGUGCGCGUGGUCGAGACGGCGCGCGAGUGCCUCGAAGAGGCCAUCAAGCUGGUCAAGCCGGGCACGCUGUUCCGCGAGUUCGGGAACGUGAUCGAGGCGCACGCCAAGUCCAGGAACUGUAGCGUGAUCCGCACCUACGUCGGCCACGGCAUCAACACCGUCUUCCACUGCCCGCCCAACAUUCCCCACUACGCCAAGAACAAGGCCGUCGGAGAGUGCAAACCGGGCAUGACCUUUACCAUCGAGCCCAUGAUUGCGCUGGGCAAGUACCGGGACGUGACAUGGCCGGAUAACUGGACGAGCGUGACGAUUGACGGCAAGAGGACGGCUCAGUUCGAGCACACGCUGUUGGUGACUGAGACAGGCGUGGAGAUCCUGACCGCCCGGAAAGCGGAUUCCCCUGGUGGGCCGAUUCCCAUGCCUGCUGUCACGGCCAACGGCACGAAAUAAGGUGGCAGGAUGGCAAGAUGG